AUGGCGAAUUUAGCGCGUGUCAAUAUUUUACUACUUACAAUCUUUGCCAUCAUCGUAGCGGGACAACCGAUCAACGAUGAUGACAUCACACCCGAUGCUAGGAAAGAUGGACGUAUUGUUGGUGGCUAUGAGGUUGAUAUUACCCGGCAUCCCCAUCAGGUUGCAAUGAGGCGUAAGGGUUGCGAAGCCUGCAGCUAUACCCAUCACUGUGGCGGAAGUAUUUACAAUGAAUGGGUGAUCGUGACAGCGGCCCACUGUGUCAAUGGCCGGAAGAAGGAAGAUUUUAUCGUGGUUGCUGGUACCGUGGUCCGAAAUGGGGUAAUUGGUGUUGUUGCGCGAAUCUCGGAAAUUAUUAUGCACGAUAAAUAUAAUCUGACCAUAACUGAUUAUGAUGUUGCGUUACUGAUUUUGGCUACUCCAUUGCCUUUGAAUGCUAUUACCAUGUCUCCCAUUGAGCUGGCCAGUGAAAUUCCUCCACAUGGUGCGAAGGCAACAAUAUCUGGUUGGGGUACCACAUCACCCGGUGGCGAUAAACCUAUUCAGAUGUUGGCUGUAGAUGUACCGAUUGUCAGUAAUGAACGUUGUGACUCUGCCUAUGGUCCGGGCCGGAUUUCCGAUGCUAUGCUGUGUGCUGGUCUUGAGGGUGUGGGUGGUAAAGAUGCCUGUCAGGGUUACUCGGGCGGUCCACUGGUGGUAAAUGGUAAAUUGACUGGUAUUGUAUCGUGGGGUUAUGGUUGUGCUAGGCCAGCUUUUCCUGGGGUCUAUGCCAAUGUGCCGCAUGUAAGGCAAUGGAUAUUGGAUACUGCUGCUGCUAAUGUGUAA